AUGGUUUAGUGGGCGGGUUAAAGCCAGGAAAAAGUUUGCUCAGCGUUGUAAGAAGAAAUGUAUGUCUGCUUAACGGAGCAAGAUGGAUGCCUGACUAAAACAUGACAGGAAGUACUUGAAGGGCAGGAGGCAUCUCCAAGGCAACACAUACACAAUUAAACAGAGUCUGUAGUAACCGUGCUAUGCAAUGUGGGCUUUCAUUUCAUUUGGUCCGCAGCUCCUGUCCUGAGGAGACUGGAGUUGUUGAAGAACCUACAUUUGAACAGUGACCCAGCUACAUGGCAAGAAUGCAGAAACAGUUAUAGCUUCUAAAUGCUUAUGGACUACUGCAGCACCAAUAUGGCAGCCCCCACAUAGAGGAACAUGGGGGUCAGAUAGAAUUUAACACAUGCCCGGAAGGAUAGCUCCUGCAGGACUUCAAGGAGCUAUGAGCAGCCAACUAUUGCCUCCAAAUCUCGUUCGCCGUCACCUUAUACAAGGAGACGUAUGUGUGAACUGUCACAGGAUACUAAACAGAGGCUGGCGCAUUUAAACUUGGGACCCUACGAAUUUAAGAAGGAAACUGAUAACAAGCCUCCAUUUAUUAUCAAACGUGCAGACACUGGUAGUCCUUGUAUAGACACAUCACCUACAUCAUAUUUCCCCAAAGAAAGUCUAAAUGUACGAGAAUGCUCCAGACUGUGCACUGGUAAUUCAUUACUUGGCAGCUACAAACCUAAAGAUUCCAAAUUUAUUAGACAUCAGUACAUAGAUGAUCUUAAGGGUUCUCUGGGCAGCUUAGAUGGCCAUCUGUUCUCAGAGCCAGCUGGCAGGAUGCUCCAUUCUACUAGAUUGUCUCAUUCAUUGUCAUCAUCUGUACCGAAACACCCACCAAACCCCAUCCUAAAGCGCUCUUCUCUAAGAGAGAGGUUUCAGUCUGAUCAGAGAGCAUCAGCAAACUGGGAGGAAAUCCACACAAGAGUCAAAAACACGAUUAGGACUCACAGUGCUAGACAACGUUUACUAUCUGAGAAGUCUGUGUCAUGGCAAGAUGAAUCCAGCAGAUGGAAUACAGUGCAUGAUGACACUUUAGGUCUCAAUGAUUUGCAGGACAGGUCUUCGUUUUAUCCAGAGACAUCGGUUCAUCUAGACAAUGGGGACUUCUGGUCAAACAGAGCAGCUUUGUAUCGAGGAAAGAGUCACAGAUCCGUGUUUGAAGAAAGCCUAGAUAAAAUAUACAAGAACAUGUACAGAAAUGCCUCUGAAGGAAAUGUAUAUAGGAAGACCCACAGUUCCUAGUACAUUUUUUUUAAAGCUAUAAAUCUGACAUGUAGGUCUAGUCUUAGAUAGAUCAAACAAAUAACCACCUUGCAUAGAAUAAAACAAUUGUUAUUUAGGAACCAAGACAUAGGGGAAAAUUAACCAGCUGAAAUGCAGGAAUGUUUGUCCUUUUCCACCCUUGAAAUAAAUCUAUACAUCCCCUUCAGCUUAGUAGGGCAUAUACUGUACAAAUGUAAUUACAGUAAAACAAUUUAUAGUUUCA